AUGCACGAAGAAAUUGAUCACACUCUAACGUCAUCUUCUACUACUGGAUCUGCGUCAUUUAAUAAACGAAGCAACUUUCAGUUUACUUACGAUUCAGAGACCCAUUUACUUUUGCUCAUCCAUAAAUACAAAGAGGACAUUUUCACUAGAGGCAACAUCAUCAAAACAUGGGAAAAAGUGUUACAAGAAUUUAAUGAGCGAUGUCAUUCUAAUAUAGUGCAAAGCAGGACAAUAAACCAUCGUUUUCAGAUGUUAAAAAAGAAUUUGGAGAACCGGUUGAAACACGAUAAUCAACUUCUAGAUCAAGUGGUGUUGAAUGAAAAUGAAAAACUCUUGGUCGAUAUCUUGGAGUACAUGUACAAAAAUAGUCACACUGAAGUCAGCCCAUAUUCAUUAGGCGGUAGUAGUAAUAAUAGCAAUAUUGCCGCUAAUACACAAAUUGAUAGCUUAUAUGCUCAACAAAAUCCUACAGCCCCAAUAGACAACCCGUUAGCUAUUGCCGAUAUGUCGCAAAUAAGUCCCAAUACUUAUGAACACAAAUUGAAUCGGGACAGAGCGCAAUAUUUGAUGUCACAGGGCUUCGAUCACUCAAUACACCACCAAUUCCAGAAUAGUAUGGAUUUUUCGAAUACAAUUCGCCAACAUCAAUUAGCUCCGUCGUCAGGGAACUCGCUGCUUGGUGCAAAUAAGAAUAUUGUUUCUGGCUAUGUACCUUCUCUUGAACAACCAGAAUUAAUUAAUACGUCAAAUCAAAUUGGACAUCCAGAAGAAACAAUGUUACAGCCGCAUCCUAAUAAUCCAGCUUCUAGUCAUAUUAUCUACAAACAACCAGAAAUUAAUAUGUCUACUUCUGAAUCACCCAAUCUACAACACAACAGUCAACACCAACCGAGACAUUCAAAUAGUUCAACUCCAAUGGGAAGCCUGGCAUCAACUCUGCAUCAUCAACAACAACAGCAACUGAGCCACGACACAAAGCAAAAUUUUGGUAACAAUAUCUCUCCUAGCAUUCAAUACAAUAAUAAUACUAACACCAGAACGAUUGAUUUUGCUUAUCGACAGGACCAGAACCAGAACCAGAAUCAGAACCCACAGCAGCAUCAAUAUCAAACCCAACCGCAGCAAGAUAAUACCACCGCGUCUCUACUAAAACAAUUGAUCGUUUCUCAAACCCAAGUUACACAUUCGAUUAAUGCACUUCGCGAGGAUUUACUGGAUUUCAAAAGAGAAACAAAUCAAAGAAUCGACAGGUUAACUAGUGACUAUUCCUUGCAACAGAAUAACUCAAUGAAUCAAAAGUUGGAUAGUUUAAUUAGAAUGCUUCGGUCUCAGAACCUUAAGAGCGUACAUAGUAGUCCUACCGAUGAGGAUAUGACCAAUGAAAAUGAUUCAAGUUAUGGUGCAGACCAAGGUACCAGUAGUGACUAA